CAAAGUGUCUAGCACAUCUAUCUAUAUUUAGCUGGGUUCCGCUUUGGCAGCGGCACGUCCGGCUGCGCGUCCGGCAGCUGCUAGGUGGUGGAGCAAGAUGCGUAAAACCUUGCAUUGGCUCUCCAUCGCUGUGGCGACGGCGGAUCUCAAGGAUCCUUCCUCGCCUUUGCCCACACCAGCUGCGGCGCUGAAGCUUAAAAAGCCUCCUCUCCACUGCGGUGUGGGCACCAAUACCUUCACUGACUGUCCUCAGUGCUUAGAAAGCGCCAUGAACUCUGGUGCCAUCGACUUUUGGUGGAACUGGGACUAUGUGCCCAAGGUGGAUAUGAGCCACUUGCCCACCGAGGUCAUAUCAAAAGCUCGAAAGAGUUUCACACCAAUGAUUUGGGGCACUAAGCUUCCCAAGAACUUCAGCUUCUUCAGCUUAGGCAGCGAGUAUUUGAUGGGCUUUAACGAGCCAGACCAGUAUGGCCCAGCCUGUGCAGGGGAGCUGACGCGUGGCAGUUUCGGCUGUGGAGAGGAGGAGUACCGACCAGCAACUAGUGCGGGCUUCGCUGCUCUCUUCGACCCCGCCAAGGCUGCUAAGGAGUGGCAGAAGUUGGUGAACCUUCUUGCUGAGGUCCCACGAGAACCAGGUGCCCCCUUGACCAGAUUGGCUGCGCCCUCAAUGGCGCAAAAUGCUGAACCGGUGGAUGACUGCACGCAUGAUCCUGCCCUACCAGAGGCGAGGAAGUACUGCCGUGGCUGGUUGCAGAGCUUCAAGGCAAUCGCUUUGACCUUGAGCUGCAAGACAUUGUCAGGUCGACAGACCAACUGUUGGGAUGUGAUUGAUGCCUUGCCCAUCCACGGCUAUGCUCGAAGCGCGGAGGAGAUCAAGCAGAAGUUGCAGCAGUACCAUCGAGUCUUUCAAGAAGAUUUUGAGGGCACCCAGGGCCGCAGCAUGAAGAAGCUUUGGUUGACCGAGGUGACCAUGGGCAGCAACGAAGCUUCGGAGUUGGUGAGCUUUGUGGAUGGCUUGAUGAACGCCCAUGAUGGGCUCCAAAACCGCGAGCUUUUCAGCUAUGUGGAGCGCAUCAGCUGGUUCUCGGAGUGGAGCAUGGGAGCCUUCAAGCUCUCGAGCUACGUUCCACACAUGGAUGAGGCCUGGUCUUCCUCCCUUUUUGAGCCGACCACGGGCCACUUCACUCCGCAUGGGCAGAGCUUCAUCCGGCAUUGCCACCGUCCGGACGGCUUGGUCCACCCAGGGGCAGCUGACCCACUCAAGCCGCCACCUCACCCUCCAGCCGCUGCUCCGCUCGCGCCGCCCCCGACGCAGCCGCGGCAGGCCGUGUGCUCCGUGGGCGCGAUGGUCUCCUGCCCUGGUGGAGGGAGCUGCCAGGGGAACCAGUGCUGCCCAGAUGGAAGCACGUGCCCAUCUGCAGAUGCCAGCUUCAAAGGCUGUGGCGACGUGAAAUCGGAGGAUUGCACCAAGGUCAGCGAAGAGAUGCAUUUGCUCCUCCUUUCGGCCCUGGGGCCCUGGACCCGCGAGUGAAAGGCGCUGACGCCGGGCAAAAACGGCUCGUGGCUCGUGGAGCUGCGUCCGCUCGCGGCGGUAUGUUAUGGGAGGAGAACCUGGAUGAACCUAACGAGGAUCUGACUAUAGGCUAUAGGUGUG